UCGGUUAAAUUUUUUUAAAUUAAGGAAAAAAUGAAUUUGAGCGAUAUUUUAAAAAAAGCCCAGAAUUUAAGUGUUGAGCUGGAAGGGACUUCAACUAUACCAAAAAUUAAUAGAAACAUUUAUCAAAUACUAGAAGAAGGCCAGAAUUUUCUUAAAAAUCAAAAGUCAGUGAAUCAAGAUAAUGAUCUCUUUAAAGCUUCCUUAUUACUCGGUAAUCGGGGUAUAACGGUUCCAGAAUUAAAUGUUGAAAAAUUCCAGAGCAAUAUUCCAAUGGAGGAGUGUGAUGCUCCUCAUGAGACAGAUAUUGAUGGCAUAUUAAAAAAUCAAACUGAAAAUUUACUAAUUACACUAAUAGAGGAUAGCAAUAGAUUGUCAGACAAAAGUUGUGAUGAAUUUUGUAAUAGGGUUAUGAAUGACCUGUGGAGUAAUGAAAAAAGAAAAUUGCUAUUAGAAUUAGGAAGCUUUGCUCCAUCAAUGAUUGGACCUUUACACAAGCCAAAAAUUUUUGAAAAUAAACUGAAGAAUAAACCUAGAAUUAAAAAUCAAUCACUUAGUUCCAAUGAUUCUGUAUUAGAAAAUUCAACAAAUAUGAAUUUCACUUCAUCCCAUCUCAUUACAAAUUCUGUUAAUAGACCAACUUGUUUAGAACCUUUAGAAUCAGCUCAGGCCAUACGAUUGAUUGAAUAUAAUUAUAACAAAGCUCUUGCAGAAAAAUCAAAUGAAGAUAUAGAUGAUUAUAAUCCUUCAUUAUUUCUUUUGCAUAACUUCAAUGAAUGUGCAAACAUGUAUGGAGAUGAAGAUGUUAGGGAAAUGUGGGACCUACUUUGCAAUGUCAUAAAAACUCCAAAUUUAUCAGAUCAACCAGCAAAAAUUUAUAGAGGCUCUGUAGAGUUUCAAUGUCAACAUAUCUAUCAAGCCAAACAAUAUCUGGAAAAAAUAUAUUCCAUAUAUGCUGAAACAACAAUAUCAAAGAUGGAGUCCCGCCAACCCUUGUCUCAUAGAAUCAACCCUGACUCCAAACUAGCCUUUAAAACCCCACCAUUAUCUUCCCCCACCAUGGCCCAGGCAUAUUUGUUGGUCAGAAAAUUUUGCUUUACCCUUCUAGUCAGUAAUAAUACCAACAAGGUCUCCUUAAGCCAACAACAACAUUCUUCCAAUAAUUCAUUUGGUGCUUACAAGGAAGUCUUAGGACAGGAGAGCCAAUUUACUCACAGCAGGGAUUUCAACAGCAAACUUAGCUUAGAUGGGGUGCCAAUUUGGGCUUUCAUUUAUGGUUGCUUUCGACUUGGUCGUUACCACAUUGCCCUCAUCUAUGCCAGAUUUGUCAAACAUAUAAUCGGCGAAACAUUUUUCAAUGCGCUCGAAGCUCUGGCGGAAGCUAAUGAAAGUGUGGACUCAUACACUGACUAUAUUAGGGAUAAACAUAUUUCGACCGAGGAGACAGGAUUCACUCAAAGUUUUGAUUUGCGUUCAAACCUGGAAAUCGAAUAUAAAAAGACGGUUAAAUUUGUCUCCGACCCUUAUAAAAAGGCUUGUUAUUGCGUGGUUGGUAGACUCGAUUUCGAGGAAACGUUGGAGGAAAUAAUGCCCAAGACAGAUGAUUAUUUAUGGUUCAAGCUCUGCUUAGUCGGUCCUGAACCCAGCGUUUUCGAUCAAACGCGCUUGACCGAAACCGUUAAAAAUAAAUCCAUAGGACAACGAUCCUCACAACAUUCAAGUGCCGGCAGCAAACUUCUAUUUUCGGAGUUACAGAACUCUUUGCUCAAACAAUAUGGUCCUGAUUACUUUAAAGCACGUGACCGGCCAUGGCUCUAUUUCAGGGUCUUAGUGCUGAUCGCCCAAUUCGAAAGCGCCAUUCAAUUCCUUUCAUCACUCGUUAUAACCGAAAGCCACGAUAGGAUUAUGCUUAGCCAAGCCGUUAAUUUAGCUGUUGCCUUACUUCAAGCCGAGUCCUUGCAAAUAACGAAAAGGGUCGAAGAUGAUUUGAUAACGGAAAAUAAGGCCAGUUUUGGGCCUUCCUACAAUCUCAACGUCUCCCGUCUCGUGUCCCUUUACACGAAAUGUUUCGAACAUUAUGACGUAGAGGAAGCCUUAAAUUAUUACUUCACCCUGAGACACGUGCAGGACAAUUUUACCUCGCCUUCUAUCGACGAUUUGACCAUCUCUAACACGAACGAUAACAUGUACGUCUACCACGCGGUUAAGCUUCUCGUGGAAACUAAAAAAUUUGACGACAUUAUCGGAAAAAUGUCUCAGGCCGAUGGCAUUAAAAUUAAAGAUGGUAUCAUAGACAAAUUGGGUAGACACGUCAAAUAUAUAAUUAACAAAGCCGCGUCAGAAUUCGAGAACAAAGCGCAAUACCCCCAAGCUAUCCAUCUUUACCAAUUAUCGAAAAAUUACGUAAAGCUUUUUGAACUGAUGAGAAAAUUAUUGUACGGUUUGAUAGCGAAUCCCAAUCAAUUAAUGAGCGAUGCAGCUACUUCUCACGGACUCGUAGCUUUGGCCGAAAACAUUGCUCAAAUUUACACUGCAUCUGCCAACGAUACCACGGUUGGCGCUCAGCAAAGAUCUAAUGUAGUCGAAAUGUAUCCUGUUGAAAGCACAAAUUUUUUCCUUCUAUUGGACCUGUGCAAGUUUUUCCGAGCAUUCUUGCAGAAUAAUUAUGAUGAUGCCAUCAACAUAAUCGAAAAUUUGAGGUUGAUACCUGGCAAUAAAGACGAUCUUAAAAAUUGUUUAGACAAUUUUGGACUACUCAAAGACGAAGUGAGGUUGAUGUUUCCCGACAUUCUUGUAGCAGUCAUGACGAUGUACAACAAACGUUUAAAGAAUUUAAAAAGAGAGAACAAGGAUACGCUUUCAUCGUCGUUCUCGGAAUCCACUAGGGAUAAUUUGAAUUUUAGCGGUGCUAGCUUUAGUUCAGACCCUAACGCUGGAGCUAAGUUUAAGAUGAUGCAAGAUUUAAAAGCGAAAGCAAGCACCUUGAUAACUUUUUCGGGCAUGUUACCUUACCGACUUCCAGGGGACGUCAAUGCUAAAUUAGUGGAAUUGGCUGGAACUAUGAAUUGAAAAAAACAAUAACUUACUUCAUAAUAGAAAGAAUUAUGAUAAUUUAAACCUUUUAUAUAUAACUGUUAAUAUUGUAGAAAAUAUUAUUUUGUGAUGUU